GUGUGACGUGACCUACAACAUGGCAAAGGAACUGGCUGAAAACAGCUCCGUGACCAUCACGAGUUAGCUAAUUCUACAUUCCUAGAAGCCCGUUUAGGAUCGAUACAAGAUCACGUACCUGGUACCUGGAGAUCCGGGAGACUGAAAAUCUGCAUCAACUAACGACUUGGAAGGAUACAGUUAUCCCAAGUCCUGGGAUCACCAUGACUGACAACGUAGCUUUAUGUAGCUCAAUAGGACGCUACCUAGACCCCAGUAGACCAUGGCUGACCCAGCUUAGUGCCCUGGCGACGCAAGCAAAGGAGGGAGCAUCCGCCAUCCUGAAAAGUGAUGCCCAGUCUGGCACGAUGAAGUCGACAAGUUACUUCAUCAUAAGUGAUGAAGGAGAGAUGUGUGAUAUUCGUGCUGGGAUGCCCAGGUCGGACACCAUAGCUAUGAGCAGGUCCACGCUGGUCAAAGUCAGUUCUCUGGCGAUGCAUUCAGAGGAAGAGGGUACACUCUGUCAGUAUGGCUCACUGAAGUCGGAAGAUGACUUCAUUAUGAUAGAUAUAGGCGACCAAAUUGAGAAUCAGCAACCGUUAACUGUUGAAAGGGCUUCGAUAAACACAUCAAUGUGCAUAGAUUCAGUACAGCCGCUAACAUCAUCUGUAGAAGCUCAGGACAAGAGAAACGACACAGGACAAAGCAGUCAUCCGAUACCUCUUUCACCAAUACAACAGCUACUUCUCCAAGAUAGAGACACAGCCAGGCAAACUCUGUGUAAUCAACUGGAAACGAAAGGGUUCAAGGCAACAUUUCGAUUUCAACAACGAGAGGUUGACAUUGAGGUUGAGUCCAAGGAAGCAAAGAAACAAGUAGAAGCUCUGGAUGUCAUCACCAGCUCGGUCGUGGAGAUGGAACUCACCUUCAGCAGUGAUGAACUGGAACAGAUGGCUCAAGUGGCUGAUAUCCAGCAUGUUCUUGUGCCACUGUUGUCGAGGGAUCAGGACGUGCUUGUCGUCAUUGAUAAGACCAACGGAGGUAUGAAGCUUGUUGGCAUGGCAGACACUAUCAAUCUACUGAAGGAAACCCUUAAUAAGUUACAAGAACUUUCGGACUGCAGACACAAGAAGAACCAAGAAAAACAAGGAUCACCAAAGACAUCUACAUCAAUAUCAAUAUGGCCACGAGAAUCAUCUCAAGAACAGGCUUUACUCUACCAAAGUAGCAAUCUGUUGGAGAGUCGAACAGUGAAAAGUCGACGUAGAGCACAAUCUGCGCUUCCUAAAACACAAGACGAUCGUUCGUGUGGGUUUCCAGAAGAUCAAGAUGUUAAAGUGACCGUUGUCUUCAACAGGAUAGAAAAACAAAACGCUGAUGUGAUUGUAAAUACAACCAACAGACAACUGAACCUGAGUUCCGGGUUUGGUGUGUCCUACAGCCUGCUGAAGGCGGCUGGUUCCGACAUACAGACAUGCUUAAGACACACCUAUCCUAACGGGAUAGAUCACGGUGAUUUGGCGGUGGGUCGUUCUGGAAAUCUUGACACUUGUAAAAAGAUCUACCACGGAUGUCUUCCAUUCUAUAAAGGGUUCAGGAAAACAUCAACCCUUUCAAAGUGUUACGAGAGGCUGGUGUCUCUGGUGUUCCGAUGUCUCAUCCAGGCCUGCAAGGAUGGAUUUCAGACAAUUGCUCUGCCAGCAUUCGGCACAGGAGCCCUACAGUAUCCUAACAAGAACGUUGUACAACUCAUGUAUCAUACCAUUGAUCUGGUCACCCAAGAAAACAGACAGAAAUCGCUGAAGGAAAUAUUCAUAGUUACCUCCCUUGAGUCAAGGUUAGAUGUCAAACAGCUGUUUCUCGCUCAUCGUAUCACUCACAAGCUCAAGACAAGAUGGCUGGAAGCACCCCCGGAAGACCGACAUGGAUUCUUUUACAACCUCUUUAGGCCGAGAACAGAUAGCAGUUUGCCUGUAUUCUUGGAAAGGGAGGUGCGAAGACCGGUCCAGACCAAGUGCGAGUUGAGAAUCAUGAUUGCAGACACACUAGUCCAGAUUAUUAAUGGGGGCAUCAGCGAGGUGUGUGACGUCACACAGACUUCACUCCUGCUGUGGAGAGAGAGGGAUACACGGACAAGGACGAGCGGUGUGGUUGAUCCUUCCACCAGUGUUCCCGGAAGAAUCAUCCGUGCCUACGAUGAGGACGACAGCGAGGACAACAACGAGGACAACAACGAGGCCAAAGUGAGGGAGUCAAUGCUGAUAGGGCUACGUCUAGCUGCCGAGAAGGAGUGGUACCAUGUGACCAUACCACUGUCAGCUGAAGACGUUCUCUCACCUGAUCAAAUAACCGCCGCUAUUGUUGCUGCCAUAAAACGUCGUUCAUGUGGUGUAUAUGUCCUGACACUCGCGGUUCCCGAUACCAACAUCUACAUCGAUGUAGCAACUCGGAUAGCGAGACAUGGAAUAGUUCAGGAGCCUCCUGAUGUGAGCAACGUUUCCCUCGUUGAUUCCUUGUGGAAAGCAAAGUUCUCACGUCAACGCUUUGAGAGCCUUGGAGAAACGUGUACCACAGAGGUGGUCGUCACGUCAGAUUCGGAGGAGACGAACACGAACGCCGCCAGGGACGUUGAGAGAGAGCUGCAUGUGGAGCUGGAUGUUGUGUAGUUCUUGGCCAAACCACUUUCUUUUAAUUGAGCUAUAAAGAGUACAUAUCAAUUGAAAUGGCACACAAAGAGGUUAAUUUUUUUGAUAUGUAUUACGCCUUCAGCUUUGUCACAAUAUCAAACACAGGUAUUUUUUAACUAUGGCCAUCAGCAGAUGGGAAAUGUAGGCCAAUUUGAAAUCCAACAUGGACUCCACAAACGAUCGUGGAAAGAAGACAACAUCAGUGUUCGUAUUCAGUGACAUAUGUUGAUGAUUUUAAACCUUUCUGCGAAGCUUCUUCCAUUUCUUCCAUUAUCCCAUACACUGGUAUCCUGUCUAUCCCCAAACACUCAUGUCUCCUGUCAUUUCUGACAAUGAGUGAGUGAGUAACAAUUUAACGUCGCAUCGGCACUAUUUCAGCCAUAUAGUGACUUGUGACAAUAAAUACAUUUACAAUAUAUAUCUCAGAACUAAUGCUCAGAUUGCAUUUUACCUUAAACUAUUUUGGAAUGGUCCAUCCUUUUCAUGAUAUUAUUACUUGUGAUUCUUUAAGAACAUUAGCGAAGGUAGUGACUGAAGAAGACUCAUAGUGACUCUUGCAGCACCUUCAUUUAAGGCAUGUUCAGCCAUAUAGAGUCACUGAGGAAAUUACGCGUUGAAAGACUGACUAAAAUCUGACUGUAUGUGCCAAUGUGUGAUGCCAACGUAUGUUCCCCUCUCACCAGUAAACAUUAAAACAUUGUUGCAUUGUUUUCUUUAUGCCUUAGUAAGUUUUAAUACCAUAUGAUAAGGAAUAUUAUGAAUAACAACUUCUUUAUCAUUAUCAGGUGGUGAAGGGUCCAGGAGUAGCCCUAAAACUUUGUGUAUAAUAAUAUAAUAAAGCUUGUUAUAUAUUA